ACGGGCAGGAAAACCCCUAAGUACUGUUGUAUUUGUAAAGGAAUUUACAGAGGAAAGGUUAUUGAUGGGAGAAAAGUGUCAUUGCACCGUUUUCCUCAGAACAAACGUUUAAAACGUGUGUGGGUGCAGCGAUGUAAAACGGUCAUGAGAUCGUUCCAGUGGAAUGAACACAGACGAUUGUGUAGUGAGCAUUUUGUUGGCUUCAGAGGACCUUCAUUCCAGCAUACACUUCCAUCUAUGUUUCCAACUGAGACUGGUGCUACCAAAACCUUCCAGCCAACGCUCCUUGAUGAAGACGUAGGUGAUGAUGAUGAUGGUGAUACGGUCAAUGACGAUUUAGACCUAGAACUGUCAAAUGAUGAUAGUAUACAGCCACAACUGUCAUUUGUAUCCCCUUCCGGGCAUGCCAUUGAUACCUCUGUCCACCUGCAUGAUUACUGCAUGGGACCAGUACUACAGCCACAGAAUCAGUCCUUUAGAUGUUGUGACACACAGACUGAGAACAACUGUGCAGUGAUGGAAGUACAAACUGAAGAAAGUUUCCUGGGAAAAACAGCAGACUUCAGUUCACAAACAGAACAUUCUACUAGAGACUUUGGUGUACAAUGUCAGCUACCUAUGCUCACAUAUGAUGACGUAAAAUACAAUGACGAUUUGGUCAGUUUUUACACCGGAAUCCCUAAUCGAGUUGUGUUUGAAGCUUUGUUUGAUGAAAUCAAGGAUGAAGCUGAAGUGCGGACAUCAAGGCGGAAACUUAACUAUAAAGAUUCAGAUGGAGGACGGCCAAGAACUCUAAGUGUUCUGGAUGAAUUUUUCAUGGUGCUGAUGCGCCUACGUCUAGGUCUGUUAUUUGAAGAUCUAGGUACUAGGUUUUGCAUAUCCACUUCACAAUGUAGUGACAUUGUUGAAAGAUGGAUCAACUAUUUACAUGUACAAUUAUCCUUUCUUGUUCAAUGGCCAUCUCGUGAGGUAGUGAAAAAUAACAUGCCUGAACAAUUUAAAGAGAAAUAUUCUAACACUAGAAUUAUUAUCGACUGCACUGAAAUUUACAGUGAAACAUCCAGUUCUCUUUCUUUGAAAAGUUUAAUGUACAGUGAUUACAAGUCUCACAUGACUCAUAAGAUUUUGGUGGGUAUAAGCCCAAAUGGUGUUGUAACUUUUGUUUCUGACUGUUGGGUGGGCUGUACCAGUGACAAGAAACUCACAGAAAAAUGUGGACUCUUGGACUUGCUUGAAGAAGGAGACGCCAUAAUGGUUGAUAAGGGUUUCACUAUUACAGACCUUACUACUCCAAGAGGCAUUCAUCUCAUUAUUCCACCAUUUAAACAGAAAGGAAAACAAUUCUCUAAACGUGAGGUUCUCCUUACAAAAGAUAUUGCAAGUUUACGAAUACAUGUUGAAAGGCAAAUGGAGAGAAUCAAGAACUUUCGAAUAUUGCAUGGCAAUAUUCCUAUAACACAGUCAAGGAGAAUUUCUAAAGUGUUCAAAAUAUGCACAUAUUUGACAAAUCUAUGGCCACCACUUGUUCAAUAAUAACUCAUGUGUCAAUGAAAGCGUUUGUAUAUAUCAAGCAUUAGAUUUAGGGAUAAAAACUUGUAUACUUCUAACUAGAACAAUGAAAUUACAAUUUUGUUUUAAAAUCAUUUUUUCGAGCAAGUUAUAUGA